AUGGCUUCAUCAACCGACACUGCCGACCUGAAGGCAGUGGCGACAAUACGUUAUAAGAUUGCCACGGCCUCUGGCGACGAAGGAAGGUUAUCCGAGGUCCUUCAAAGUCAGCUAGUCCUGCUUCUCGACAAAGCGGGCAGCCCGCACAAGAGCGUUCGCGAUGCGGCAUUCCAGGCAUACAUCAGCGUGACGAAGUUGAUACAACCACCGGGCGUCAUUUUGCCCGUUGCUGGUCUUCUGGAGCAGUACAAAUCAACAAGCUCUCCUGUGGUGAAACAGCUGGACUUGGGCCUGGUGAAGAAGGGCUUGCUCCGGCUCAGCCAGCAAAAGCGCCGCGAGCUUCUUCCAGUGGUGGCACACGGUAUUUCGAGGGAGACCAACCUAUUGAGCGCUUCUGGAUUCUUUAUCAUUUUUCUUCGUCUGCUGCUUGAGAUCAGGAUACCACCAAGAGGCAGUCAAGAAGAUCUGUCUAUUCGGGAAACUAUUGGACUCUCGGACCCAUCUGAUGCGAAAUACAUCUCUGAGCGUCUUGGGAAACUCCUCCUUCUGAGACAGGAUCUUGCGUUGUAUCCGACCUCAGAUCUGGAAAACGUUCUUGCCUCUUCCCCGUCAGGGUUGAUGAAAGAAGACAUUGACUUUCUUCGGGGAAGUGAUCCCAAAAUCUGGAAACCCGAUGAGCCAGGCAGCCUCAGCUUGCCGGAAUGCAAAUUGAAGGCAGUUGCUCUGCUCGCAAGUGGUGCAUUCACGGACGAGGAACGAUUCUUGCCAACCAUUUCCGCUGCUGGCUCGGCGGAUUCCAGGAUCACUUCCAUAGCCGAGGAUAUACUAAAGCGCUCGAAUAUCAGCUUGGAGGACCGCAAGACAGUCCAAUCCCUUUUUCAGGCACACCUGAAGCUACCAGCAUCGCAUCGAAUCCAGAUCCUCCGAAUCCUGUCAAAGUCAGCUUUGUCGUGCUCGUUUGAGCAACAGGUGGUGGAAGCAGUUCAGGCCGACUUUGCGCUAUCAUCCGGUGAGUCGCCCCCAGUGGCCGGACUGGAGGCGUUGAGAUUGCACAAAGCCCUUUUGGGAUAUCUUGCUUGGAUUGCCAGAAAUAAUGGCAACGCAAGUGCCACAAAUACCAAAAUGGGGCCAAGCCUUGUUCUCCUCUUGAAGGACUACAUAUUGAAGCAGGGCUGGCCAGAGCCAAAUCCUACCACAAGCCAAUCACAGCACCAAGGCGAGCAGAGGCUGCGUGCAAUUGCCUAUGAGACCAUAGGAACUCUAGCGAGGGGCAGUCGAUUCGAGCCGAAGGCGAAAGACUCGCUCCUCAAAUGGCUCUUCGACUCACUGGUAUCAGAUUUGAGUUCUGAUGUGGUGGUGUACAUCGAGAGUGCCCUAUCUAGCAUGAUGGCGCUCUUCAAGACAAAUGAUGAUGUUGGCCAUCAGGACCUCGAGAUUCUAUUACUGGACUAUAUGACUCUUCCCGACCGGCAAGGCGUUCGAUCUGCCAAGCACGUAGCUGCUCGAUUUGCCAACAACUGUCUCCCUUACAACAACAUCAAAGCGCGGUGGAUCGAUAUCCUGGCUCUCUCCGGCCGGGGGCCUGAACGCCGCGAUGUCCUGGAAGAGGGCCAGAAGGGUUUGGAUCCUUGGUGGGCCACCAAACUGCAUCCAGAUGGUGACUUAUCUCUGCCAGACUGGGUCGACAUGGCCGAAUUUCUCUUUGACACCACACCAAAAGGAAUCAGCGAUGAUGAGAUGGCUGUCGACUGUGCAUCUGCAUAUCCCAUGUUCCCCAACGAGCGACUGACGGCGUUCCCUGUCUCCAUUAAAUAUGUGCUACAGCUGAUCCUUUUGACCGCAUUGAAGGAGACGAAGGUCGAAAUAGAUUGGGAGUCCCAGUUAGAGACACGCAUCCAUAAUGACCUCUCGACUCGCCAAAUACUGAGAAAAUACAUGUCCAAAACCUCACACAGCCCUCUUCUCAGGGUGCUGCAUGCAGCGCUCGACGGCCUUCGAGACCAUCCAGAUGUUGGUGCCGAGGAGUGCAUCACCUGCGUGUCUGACAUUUUAUCAUUUGCACCUACCAACAGUGUCAUUAUGAAGUUAGCAUACAGGGCCCCCGAGUUACUUAAACUGGCCAAGUCAAACAACCAGAAGAUCCGACAAUAUGCGUCCAAAUCUUUCGGCAUUCUAGGGCCUUGGAGUGAGCAGUCAGCUUCAUUGAUCACGCAGAUGCGUGGCUACAUAGAAUCAUGCGGACAACCAUCGGCUUCCCAGGCGGCUGAGUACCAAGGCUGCGUGGCCUUCCUGAGCAGUUACUUGUCACGAGCUGCCCUGUAUGGCAAAAUUCAGCCUACCGAUAUCAUAGAACACACCGACUUCCUACGAGAUGUCUUCACCACCACAUUGAAGAUGUCCGAUCCGAGCAUCAAGGACACUGCGAUUAUGGCCAUCUCACAGCUGUGGACCGCAAACAUGGGAUUUCCGAAGACCGCAUCGGCGUUUGACGAGCACGUUGAUGCCCUUCAUGAACUAGCGAAGUCGCAGAACGAGAAAGCUAUAUCAGCUCUCGGAAGAAUUGUAAUACCAACUGCCGCAACGGAGAAGGCAGUAGACAAGGCUCUGGAGACGUUGUUUGGGUUAUACGAGAUCAAGCGAACCGAAGUCCAUUUUGCCACGGGUGAAGCAAUCGCUGCCGCUGUAUCACGCUGGGACUCGGAAUCCAUCCAACUUGGGCUGGACGUUGAGCCAUCUGGGUCAGCGCAGCCGGGGUCGCCUAUGACUCUAGGGCUACGGUCAGAGCGAGUCUCCUCGGUGCUUGAAAGGCUAAUUGUCGAUUAUGUACAAGCGCGAUUGCGCGAGUGCCAGGUUGCUUUCAUGCGCCUCCUGAACGCUCGAGAUGAGUUGGUCCAAGAGACCGCGUCCAGGGGCCUGUCAUUGGUGUAUGAGAAGGGAGACCCUUCUCUCAGAGGUGAUCUUAUUAGAGAUCUAGUCGCCACAUUCACCGGAACUAAAACACAAUUGAAAGUCGAUGAUGAAACCGAGCUCUUCGACGCUGGUGCACUCCCAACAGGAGAAGGCAAGUCUGUCACGUCAUACAAGGACAUUAUCAGCCUCGCCAAUGAGGUCGGCGAUCAGAGCUUGAUCUACAAAUUUAUGGCUCUAGCUACCAAUGCCGCAACCUGGACAGCCCGCUCAGCAUUCGGCCGCUUUGGCUUGAGCAACAUCCUGUCUGACGCAGAGCUCGAUCCCAAGAUCUAUCCUAAGCUAUAUCGCUACCGCUUCGAUCCCAACUCCAACGUGAGACGAUCGAUGGAUGACAUUUGGAAGGCCGUCGUCAAGGAGCCGACGACAGUAAUUGACGAGCAUUUCGAUGCCAUCAUGGCCGAUCUGCUAAAAAGUAUACUUGACGGUCGUGAGUGGCGGGUGAGAGAGGCCAGCUGCGCAGCUGUCUCGGAACUCAUAUAUGGACAGCCCUUCCCGAAAUAUGAGAUGUAUUAUACUGAGAUCUGGAAAAUGGCCCUGAAAGUCCUUGAUGAUCAGAAGGGCUCCGUCAGGGCUGCUGCGCUGAAGCUGUGCAUGGGGCUUUCCAAGACGCUUGUAACUCAGCUUACUGAGAAUAAUGCCUCCAGCUCUGCGAAAGCCAUGAUCUCACAGGUUCUGCCUUUCUUGUUAUCGGAAAAGGGCAUCGAGAACUCUGUACAGGAAGUCAAGUUCAUGUCCAUCACGACCGUUCUCGACGUGGUGAAGAAUGGAGGAGAGACGUUGAAGCCGUUCGUGCCCACAAUAGUCACGCACUGCCUAGGGCUGCUGGGGACCGUCGAGCCCGAGGCCAUCAAUUACCACUACCAGCGUCUUGGCGAUCAGGAUCGCGAAGAGAUCGAUAAAUUGCGAAGUAAUGCUGCCACACGGUCGCCCAUGUUCGAAUGUAUAUCAAACUGUUUACGCUUCGCUGACGAAGGGGUCAUGAGAGACCUUGCACCACAACUCGCCCAGUCGAUCAAGGCAGCCAUUGGGAUGCAGACCAAGGUGGGUUGCAGCGAGGUUCUUGCGACACUCGCGCUACGACAUGGCAUCUUGCUCCCUCCGCACAACGCCAUGCUCCUAAAGGUCAUGGAGACGCAGAUCCUUGACCGUAACCACGAAGUCAGCAAGGCCUAUGCCCGCAGCUCAGCAUACCUGCUGAGAACUGCCUCUGCAGAGACGAGUGACCGUUUUACUUUGAGGUUAUCAGAACUCUACAAUGCGGCAGAAGACGAGGCGAGGCGGCAGAAGGUUGCGGACGCAGUCCUAGCCAUUGCCAAGAUAUCGCCGGAUGUUUUCACAGACUUGGAGUCCCGCCUUCUGCCUUUCGCCUAUCUGGGCAAGCAUGACAGCGACGACUAUGUGUCGGAAGAGUUCGACGCUGUCUGGUCCCAGCACGCUGGGGGCGAGCAUACCGUGAUGCGCUUUGUUGAUGAGAUUGUCAGCUUCGUCUCCCAAGCUCUGAGUACUUCGAAGUGGGCAUUGCAGCACGGCGGAGCUUUGACCAUGGCAUCGAUGAUCACUGCGCUGAGUAAGGUUGCCGGUAAGGACGGCCAGCUCAGUGAGGGCAGCCUGAAGAAGAUAUGGCCAAUGCUGGACAAGUCUCUGUCGUUGAAGACAUUUAAAGGCAAGGAGAAGCUUGUAGCUGCCUACCCGACUUUCAUACGACACAGCAAGAAGCUUUGGGGUAGCGAUCCAGGUCUACGACUUCAGACUAAGAAGAUUGCGAUCCGGGAGGCAAAACGCAACAAUGACGAGUACCGGCCGCACGCCUUUGAGGCCUUGGCCGACUUUGCGGCAGUACGAGACGAUUUGGACAUGUAUUCGGAGGCCGUAGAUGUCGUUUCUGAAUAUCUCGUGCCUGGAGAUGAUGCCAGUCACGACGUCAGCGAGCUUGAGCGAAACACGACAGCGGCGGCAUUGAAAGUCGUAAUGGGGAGUUACAGUCGCCCGAAGAUGCAGCUCAACCCCCAUGGAGUCCUCGGCGAGGUUCUAAAGAAUGUCGAAGGCGCAGCGAGGGCGCCCUCGAUUGCUCGAGACACAUUCUUCGACGGCGCCAUCGACUUGCUGGGGGCAGCAGCCGCACGCGACGCGACAAGUAACUUGGAUGCGGCGCCACUAGCCACGAGAUGGUUUCACAUGCUUGUGGCCGAGGAACACGUGAGUAUACUCGAGAGCCAGCGCACAGCGAGGGCCAAGGCACUCGUUGCAUUCGCGGAAUCGUGGGAGAAGGGGGUGUUUGGCCCGACAAGCACACUCGGGGGUGCUAGUGAUACUUAUAGGCAGAAACUGGGGGCCAUGGGCGUGGCGGAGAGGUCACUCGAUGUACAGAAACUGCUGAAGCAGGCCGUGGACACGUUCCACGCCUGA